AUGGAGCACAGUGAAAGGAGAUCUACACCUGCUGUUCAGAAUGUGGACAAACAGCAAACCAAUGUAGGCAAGACUAAACUGGAAAAAUACGGCAAGCAGAAGAUUACUUUAGACAAAGUUAUAGAGAUUAUUCAAGCUGACCAUGAAGAGGAGAAUACAGAUAACAACUUAGUCCCAGACACCCAACCUGCUGUGAGGAAGGGAAACUAUUUUUCACCGAGUCUCUGGAGUUUAAACUCCAACAAGGGGAAAACCUCUGCAUGUGGAUCACUGUUAGCUUUACAAAAAGACACUAAUAAGAGCCAGUCUGUAUCAGAUGGUGCUUCUCGUCUCCUUCCUCAGCGUCUGUCUCCACCCCAGCGUGUAUUCAGAACCCUGACCCAGAAGCAGCUGCACACCCAGCUCACUCAGAGACUGGAGGAGGUGCUGAGGGAGCAGCAGGUACCAGAUGGCCACGCGGCCCAGCAAGCCAAGGAGCGGAGAGGCUCAUCACUGUAUCACAUUGCUCUGGAUCAGGGGAAGGAGAAAAUAAAAAUGUCUAUAAGGUCCUCACCUGCCAGACAUGCACAGCAGAGCAUCAUAGAUCCAGGCAAUGCUUCAGAUACAAACAUACAAAAAAUGGCACACACAACAGACAGUAUGGUGAAGAUGAUAUCCAGUCAUUACAGGAGAAGUGCCAAAGCAACAUCCCCUGUGCCUGGUGCACAGUUUAACAUCGCACCUACAAACAGAUAUUCCUUCAAUAGGAGCUGGUGUCCAUCUUCAACUGAGAAAACCACAGCAAGGGGAUCAGACUUGGUGAAAACGCUUGAAAAAUCCAAGAGGCCUGUCCAGAACCUUGAUGAUGUUUAUGCAUUUAAAGAUGACACUCCAAAAAUGAAUGUGAAAAAGAGAGUGAAAUCCUCUGAGACAUCCAGAGUAGACAGCAGUGUGCUGAGUAAUUCUUCAACUUGCCCUAAGUCUGUUUUGAAACCUCAGCCUUCAAAGGCUGCUACUAAAAAUGUGAAGAAAAAUCUGUUUAGCGAUACAGACACAGAUAAUAUGACCGAGAUCAGCUGGCUCAAAUCAGCCAACAGGAAACCCAAACCUAAAGUGGCAGACUAUAGCAGGCAGCCAGUUAAACCCACGCUCCCAUCAGCCAACUCUGCAUUUAAAUCUCCAUAUACACCUUUAUCAUCACCAAAGCCAGCGAAGGAGCAAAUCAACCCAAAGCUGAAGAGGCAGAAGAAAGUAGCUGAACGCAAAGAGAAUAAACUGCAGGCAAAAAUCACUAAUAGCAAACCCAAAGGAAGACCUCAGAGAGCUGCAGUCUCGACUAAAACCUACAAAGAGCCAUCUCACUCGGAUAGCCAGUCCAGCCAAUCAGAGAGUGAGAAACCACCACCAAGAACUCAGAGAGCUGCAGCCUCGACUAAAAUCUACAAAAAGCCGUCUUACUCGGACAGCCAGUCCAGCCAAUCAGAGAGUGAGAAACCACCACCACCUAAGAAAAAGGCAGUCGGACGACCAAGGAAGCAUCCUGUCCCAGUUGAAACCAAUGGACAAGGACAGAAGAAGAAGACAAGCUCUGUUGACAAAGCACAAAGGGAGAUAAGCCAAAAUAAAAAGUCUGAUAAAACCCCUGCACAGAUUCAGCCAUAUCAGACAAAUGAAACAAGCAAAAAGGAUUGUAGUCCAGAAGAUCUGACAGUGAAGAAGACCCCAUCUGCACAGGGGUCAGCCAGAGGACAUAAAGAAUCCUGGACUGCACAAUUAUCUUCCACAAUUGCCUCGCCUCCCUCCAUUGAAAGGAUGAGAUCAAAUGAAAAACUUUCGACAAAGAUAAGGUCCCAUACUACACCUCUCCGUUCUUUAUCCAUUUCUCCAAUUGAACCUGAACCUCCUAAACUAGAGCCGCUCAGCUCCGUCAGAGAAAUCAAGUCCUCUCUGUGUAAGACACCAGGCAUUAAACCUGCUGUGAAACCUCCCUUUCUCUCCACAACAACCACCAAAUACUCUAAACAGAAGUCACCUGCUGCUCAGCAGGAUGUGCUUAGUCCGGUCCAGUCAAUAUUUAGUCCAACUCAGCCCCUCAUCACCCCGACCCUCAUGAAAAAAAUCACUCUGUCCUCCCCGCUCAUAUCAGCAAACCUUCAGGAGGAGCAGAGAGGCGUCAUGAAUAAAACCAGUCCAGCAUCUUACGACAGAAGGUCCAUAAUUUCGGUCACAAUGAGUCAGUCUUCUCACGUAUCUGUGAGCAACAUGGCAUUGAUCUGCACUGACCUGGAGAAAACACCAGCAAGCCGUCGAGGAAGUACGAAGGAUGAGAAACCAGAAUUUAAGUCAGGUCCAACAGUCAUCUAUAAGCCUCCCAGCUCAUGCCACUCAGUUAAUCUAUCAGAGAGAGAAGAGGAUAGUGAAGAAGACAAAGAAAACAAGCCUCCAUCUCCCACCCAGCUAGCUAAGAAAAUGAAGCCAAGAAAGCUGUUCAAGACUAAUGACAAACACGGACAUCAGAACAAAAGUCCCAUUGUGAAACAGCCUGUGAAGAAUCAGAGCAGCUCAGAGGAAGAAGAUGAGGAGAUAACAGAAGAAGCAGAUAACAGCAGAAAGAAAAGUUACCAGAAUAAAAGGGCCAGAGAAACAACUAAAUUCACUGAAGAUAUGGAGACGGUGCCGUCCCGUAUAAAAUCGAAAUGCAGGCAGACUUUUGUGGAGGAAGACGCACAUCACAACCAGCCUGCUCAGGAGGUGGGCUAUAUCUGCCAUCAGUUCACCUCAGAGCUUAAGAGAAAGAUCAAGAUUCGCUCCAGGAAAAUGGAUCGGUACACCAGGCAGUCUAUAAAGACAUUUCAGCAGCAUAUGUUCUCUGUCCGAGUCAAAGUACAGCAGUACAGUGCUCAGAAGCUAGAGAAAGUUAAACAAGUCCUAUUGGGUGAAAUAAAAAGUCUGGAGCAGGAUGACAUCGCUCUGAGGAACAUGGAGGAGGAACUGAUGACGCACUGGAAAAAACAGGCCUUGGCUUUCCACACAUACCAAGAGAAAGGAGCCAAUAGACUAGAGCAUUUGAAAAGCACAUUUGAGACGGAUGUGUGUGAUAGUCAACAAAAUGAGGAACAAAUCUUUAUCUCUGAGAUGUCUUUAAUGAAGAACAACUUGAAGUCAGUUCAGGAGCGCUUCUUUAAAGAAAUGCAAGAGGAAGAGUUGUUGAGUGUGAGGCGAGGAUUACAAACCUUGUUCCUCCCAGAUGCUUCUAGAUUCUGACCUGAGAACUGCUUUAUUUGGGGUAAUGUUAAAACAUGUUUGCAUGUUUGAGUAUUAAAAAUGUUAUGUUCUUUUUUUAAAAAAAAUGAAAAGUUGAAUUUUUACUAGAGAGUGUGAAUAAGUGAUUUGUAUUUACUUGUUUUAAUUUGAGUAAAAGUUGUGAAAAGCCACUUUCUAUUUCAUUUCCUAAAAGAAAUGCAUUUAUUUGUUAGGUGAUGAACAGAUUUAUGUGUGUAAAACGUUCUUUAAGUAUUAAUUUAACGUGAUAUAAGCAUGUUGUAUGUAUUCAUAGCAGCCAUGUAACAGGAAUGUUGUGUUGUAUUUUUUCUAGUAGAUUCAGUCAUUUCUGAAAGCAUCUAAGCUCAAAAUUGUUGUUUUUUUAUUCACCAGCAAGGGCCUUGAUAAUCCUGGGGUUUAAUUGACAUAAAAGAGUGGUCAUGUUUAAAAGCAGGCACUCGUUUAACAAAUAUCAUUUAGACAACAUCUGCAUAUUAUAUUAUUAGAUUGUGUAACUUAAAGUUUUUUUGUAUUUAUGAAUUAUUAAGUCCUUUGUAAAUGAUAUAGGCAAAGCACAGUGUUAUUCCUAUUUUUCAUGUCAGACUACUGAAAAUAAAUUGUUUUAAACUUUUCUUGACUAAAGUCUUAAUCUUGGGACACAAAAGUUUGUCCU